AUGUCCACGCGGCGUCCUGUCUGCCGAAGCUGGCCAGGACGCCGGACCCUGUGCGAUUGUGGGUCGCAGGUGGUCACUCCGAUCCUGCGUCCUGCCGACCUGUGCCCUGCCAGGCGUUCCUUCGGUCCCCUGAGUCCUUCGGACAAGUACGGCGACCCAGAUGGGGCCAGUCCUGUGGGGGCUGCCCCAACUCCGCCCCCCCCAGAACACCGACAGACCCUCAGGUCCCUGCGCUGGUGGACCCUGCUGAGCUCCCUGUCCGUGGACCCGGACGCCGAGUGCAAGUACGGCCUGUACUUCCGGGACGGCCGGCGCAAGGUGGACUACGUGCUGGUGUACCACCACAAGAGGUCUUCGGGCAGCCGGACGCCGGCCCGGCGGGCCCAGCACGGUGACGCCCCCCUGGGGGCCCGCAGCAGCAGGCAGGACCACCCCGUGCCUGGCCAGAGAUCGUUUCUUGCCUGGCUUUGGGCAGCCUUGAGCGCCACUCCCGGCCACCUCUGCUCUGGGAGAGGACCCCAGCUCAAGGGCCCCAGUGGGGGCAAGCUCCCCCCUCUGGGGCGUCAGGCAGGGACGGAGGGGACUGCUGUCUCUCGCGGCUUCUCCCUGCUGGCGGCUGUGGUCACCCGGGCACCGCGCUGUAAAACGUCCCUUAUGCCCUUUGGCCGAGCUGAUCCCACGACCCCGUCCCAGAUGUUCCCUGGGAGAGACCCCGCCACGCACACGAAAAUCCACGGCAUUGGCUUUGUGAAGAUCCACGCUCCCUGGCACGUGCUGUGCAGAGAAGCCGAGUUUCUGAAGCUGAAGAUGCCAACAAAGAAGGUGUAUCACAUCAACGAGACCCGGGGUCUCCUCAAGAAAAUCAACUCGGUGCUCCAGAAAAUCACAGACCCCAUCCAGCCCAGAGUGGCCGACCACAGACCCCAGACCACCAAGAGGCUCUCUUAUCCCUUCUCCCGGGAGAAGCAGCACCUAUUCGACCUGUCUGAUAAAGAUUCCUUCUUCGACAGCAAGACCCGGAGCACCAUUGUCUAUGAGAUUCUGAAGAGGACGACGUGUACCAAGGCCAAGUACAGCAUGGGCAUCACAAGCCUGCUGGCCAACGGCGUGUACUCGGCCGCGUACCCGCUGCAUGACGUAAGUGACCUUGACUCCCGCAGUCCCCACGGGCCACGCUUCCCCCGGGCGCUCGUUAUCCGGGGGCCGGCAGCGGCUUCCUGCCUGGCUCUGGUCCUCCUGUACGAAGAGUGGGCGAGUUACGGAGUCUUCUAUAAGUAUCAGCCCAUCGACCUGGUCAGGAAGUAUUUCGGGGAGAAGAUCGGCCUCUACUUUGCCUGGCUGGGCGUGUACACCCAGAUGCUCAUUCCCGCCUCCGUGGUGGGGAUCAUCGUCUUCCUGUACGGGUGUGCCACCGUGGACGAGAACAUCCCCAGCAUGGAGAUGUGUGACCAGAGACAUAACAUCACCAUGUGUCCCCUCUGCGACAAGACGUGCAGCUACUGGAAGAUGAGUUCCGCCUGCGCCACGGCCCGGGCCAGCCACCUCUUCGACAACCCGGCCACCGUCUUCUUCUCCGUCUUCAUGGCCCUCUGGGCCGCCACCUUCAUGGAGCACUGGAAGCGGAAGCAGAUGAGGCUGAACUACCGCUGGGACCUCACCGGCUUCGAGGAAGAGGAGGAGGCCGUCAAGGAUCAUCCCAGAGCCGAAUACGAAGCCAGAGUCCUGGAGAAAUCUCUGAGGAAAGAGUCCAAGAACAAAGAGAAGCGCCGGCAUGUCCCCGAGGACUCAGCAAACGCAUGGAAGAGAAGGGUUAAGACAGCCAUGGCGGGGGUGAAAUUGACCGACAAGGUGAAGCUGACCUGGAGGGACCGGUUCCCGGCCUACUGCACCAACUUGGUCUCCAUCGUGUUUAUGAUCGCAGUGACAUUCGCCAUCGUCCUGGGCGUCAUCCUCUACAGAAUCUCCACGGCCGCGGCCCUGGCCAUGAACUCCUCCCCCUCUGUGCGCUCCAACAUCCGGGUCACGGUCACAGCCACAGCGGUCAUCAUCAACCUGGUGGUCAUUAUCCUCCUGGACGAGGUCUAUGGCUGCAUCGCCAGGUGGCUGACCAGGAUCGAGGUCCCAAAGACGGAGAAGAGCUUCGAGGACAGGCUGAUCUUCAAGGCCUUCCUGCUGAAGUUCGUGAACUCCUACACACCCAUCUUCUACGUGGCUUUCUUCAAAGGCCGGUUUGUUGGCCGCCCCGGCGACUACGUGUAUAUUUUCCGGUCCUUCCGAAUGGAGGAGUGCGCACCCGGGGGCUGCCUCAUGGAGCUCUGCAUCCAGCUCAGUAUCAUCAUGCUGGGGAAGCAGCUGAUCCAGAACAAUCUGUUCGAGAUCGGCAUCCCGAAGAUGAAGAAAUUCAUCCGCUAUCUGAAGCUGCGGCGGCGGAGCCCGGCGGCCCACGAGGAACCCGUGAAGAGGAAACAGCGCUACGAGGUGGACUACACCUUGGAGCCCUUCGCCGGCCUCACGCCCGAGUACAUGGAGAUGAUCAUCCAGUUUGGCUUUGUCACCUUAUUUGUGGCGUCCUUCCCGCUGGCCCCGCUGUUUGCACUACUGAAUAACAUCAUUGAGAUCCGCCUGGACGCCAAAAAGUUUGUCACCGAGCUCCGGAGGCCGGUGGCCGUCAGAGCCAAGGACAUCGGAAUCUGGUACAACAUCCUCCGAGGCGUGGGGAAGCUCGCUGUCAUCAUCAACGCGUUCGUGAUCUCCUUCACGUCCGACUUCAUCCCGCGCCUGGUCUACCUGUACAUGUACAGCCAGGACGGCACCAUGCACGGCUUCGUCAACCACACGCUGUCCUCGUUCAAUGUCAGCGACUUCCAGCACGGCACGGCGCCCAGCGACCCGCUGGGGCUGGGCUACGAGGUGCACGUCUGCAGGUACAAGGACUACCGCGAGCCUCCGUGGUCGGAGCACAAGUACGACAUCUCCAAGGACUUCUGGGCCGUCCUGGCCGCCCGGCUGGCUUUCGUCAUUGUCUUCCAGAACCUGGUCAUGUUCAUGAGCGACUUCGUGGACUGGGUGAUCCCGGACAUCCCCAAGGACAUCAGCCAGCAGAUCCACAAGGAGAAGGCGCUGAUGGUGGAGCUGUUCAUCCGGGAGGAGCAGGGCAAGCGGCAGCUGCUGGACGCGUGGAGGGAGAAGGAGCCGCGCCUUGAGGAUUCGUGGACCCGUGAGGUCUCCGGAACCUUCUGGGGACCAGCCCUGGGUUGCAGGCGUUUUCACUUCGGCAGUGGGGACACUUCUUAG